CUAGGCGAGCAGCGGCGGCGGCGGCGGCGGCGGCGGGGCAGAGCCCCUAAACCAUGGCCGAGUCACAAGAGCUGCUGCUGCAGCUGCAGAAGGACAACCGCGACGGGCGACUACGGAAGCAGGAGCUGGAGGAGCUAGUGCGGGGCCUUGAGGCCGAGAGCGAGAGCCUCACCGGGCGCCUGCAGGACCUGCGGGAGCGUGAGCGCAGCCUACAGCGGCAGCGAAGCCAGGCGGCGCGGGCCCAGAGAGGGGAGGCGCGCGAGGCGGCGCGGGAGCGCGCUGAGCGCGCGCGCGCGCUGCUGGAAGCGGCGGAGCAGCACAAGCAAGACUUGGAGCAACACAACCGGCAGCUGCAGGAGCAGUGGGAGGAGCUGUCAAGUCAGCUCUUCUACUACGGAGGGGAACAACUGAGUCAACAGCGCGCAGAACAGCAACUCGGGACCCAACUGAUGGCUUUGCAGAAACAACUGGAGAUAGUGGAGGCCAAGCACGCCAAGCAGGCAGAGGGCCUGCGGCAGGGCGUGCAGCGGACGGAGGAGGCUUGGGCCAGCUUUCAGGAGCAGAGCGGAGUCCUGCAGGAGCUGCAGGGAAAGGUGAUGGAGGCGGCGGCUACGCUGGACGCCUCGAGGGGCGGCCCGGAACUGUGCGACUCCCAGCCUCGACGGAUGCAGGACUGCGCGGGCUCGCUCAUGGAAGAGGUGGCCAAGGCUGACUGUGAGAGGCGGCUUUUCGGCGGCACCUGCGGAGCGGGCCUCAGGGUCGGUUCUUCUCGGUGCGGGUCCGGGCAUUCCUCUCCUGUGGUCCGCCCCGCUUUCCGGAAGUCCCAGCCCUGCUGGCAGUGCACGUGCAGCUCACCACUGCAGUCUUUGUGAGGACUCGUCUUUUUACUCAUGUGAAAUGCUCUGCUUAGUGGAAAUGAUGAACCUUGAGUUUCAUUUUGCCCUACUUUUACCCGUUACAUUUUUUGGUAGUAAAAUUGUUCCGUGUAUCUCGUUGCCGGCGCGGCACACAGGUUUUUGCUGUGGCCUCCAAAUAAUCGUUUUCUUAUUGAUUUGUUGGUGUUUUUUUAGUCUUUUGGGAGUUAAAUUUGUUUAUGUAAUCCUGUGUAUAAAA